AUGAACGAUCACCAGGAGUGUGAAAUUCGCCAAAACGAUAAACCUGUUCGAGUUUACGCCGAUGGAAUUUACGAUCUCUUUCACUUCGGUCAUGCCCGUUCUCUUGAACAAGCCAAGAAAUCGUUUCCAAACACUUAUCUUCUUGUUGGAUGCUGCAAUGAUGAGACCACUCAUAAGUACAAGGGUAAAACUGUUAUGACUGAGGCCGAACGCUAUGAGUCUCUUCGCCAUUGCAAGUGGGUUGAUGAAGUUAUUCCAGAUGUGCCAUGGGUAAUCACUCAGGAGUUUAUUGACAAGCAUCAAAUUGACUAUGUGGCUCAUGAUUCCCUUCCUUACGCUGAUACAAGUGGAGCUGGAAAGGAUGUCUAUGAAUUUGUUAAGGCUAUUGGAAAAUUUAAGGAAACACAGCGAACUGAAGGAAUUUCUACUUCUGAUAUCAUAAUGAGAAUCAUCAAAGAUUAUAAUCAGUAUGUAAUGCGUAAUUUGGAUCGUGGUUAUUCAAGAAAAGACCUAGGUGUUAGCUAUGUCAAGGAGAAAAGAUUGAGAAUGAACAUGGGACUUAAAAAAUUGCAGGAGCGAGUGAAGAAACAGCAAGAGACUGUGGGAAAGAAGAUAGGAACAGUAAAAAAAAUUGCUGGCAUGAACCGUACUGAAUGGGUAGAAAAUGCUGAUCGAUUAGUUGCUGGAUUCCUCGAGAUGUUUGAAGAAGGAUGCCACAAAAUGGGAACGGCAAUCAGAGACAGAAUUCAAGAACAACUGAAGGCACAGCAGCUAAGAUCUCUUCUAUACGACGAGUGGGAUGAUGACGUUGACGAUGAAUUCUAUGAAGAUGAAUCUGUGGAAUACUACAGCGACUAA